AUGACACGAAAAGCUUACAAUGUUCUUCUGAACGAUAUUGAAGCCAUAGUAGCGGAAUCUUCUGAAAAGGUCUCGCCCAUGUGCGACGUAUUUAGGGAAUUGGAUGCCGGGAACCCAAGCCGAAUGGGACUUGGAUGGUCUCUGCUCCAAAGUCAACCUGGACAUGACUGGAUGGAGAGGCGCAAGAUAUUCAAAAAGGUUCUAGGACCUCAGGCCAUAAGCGACUAUGACCAACUAAUCGAACGAGAAGCGGAGAGUUUUGUCGAUAAAUUAAAAGGAAGACUCACUUUUGUUCUUCAAAGGUCAAUCGGGGCGGUCAUCAUUGAACUUGCUUAUGGUGCAAAGGUGUUUGAAGAGCACGGAGCAGAGCUAGUCAAACUCAAUGUCGAAAGCCUGGACUAUUUGACAUGGUCCUUCCAACAGAU